AUGUUGGAAUUUCCAUCUCUCAUUCCAUAUUGGCCUCUCAUCCGCUUUCUGGUGCCUAUGGCUAUUACCAAUGUAGCCAUCGACGUCGGUGAACAGGCUCUAAACCGGGGUUUAGCAGGCUUUAAAGAGGAUGCGGUUGAGAUGCUCGCCAGCUACGGGCUGGCCUAUUCGCUAAUGAAGUUCUUUACUGGGCCUAUGAGUGACUUCAAGAACGUGGGCCUGGUGUUUGUCAACAGCAAGAGGGACCGGGGCAAGGCUGUGCUGUGCAUGGCGGUAGCAGGCACUAUGGCAUUCAUCAUUCAUGUUCUCAUAGCCCAGACAGACCUAGGCUACUACAUUAUCAAUAAGCUGCAUCAUGUGGAUGACUCCGUGGGCAACAAGACCAGGAGGGCUUUCCUCUACCUGGCAACUUUCCCACUACUGGACUCCAUGUGUUGGAUACAUGCUGGAAUCCUCCUCAAGCACAAAUACAGUGUCAUUGUAGGCUCUGCCUCCAUCUCUGAUGUCAUCACCCAGAUUGUGUUUGUGUCCGUCCUGCUGCAUAGUAACCUGCCGUGUGUGGAGCCCCUUCUCAUCCCCAUCCUCGCCCUGUACAUGGGAGCCCUGAUGCGCUUCGUCAUCUUGGGCCUGGGCUACUACUACAACAUUCACGACAACAUCCCAGACUCCAGUGGAGUUGACGUGGGGGGAGAUGUCACCAUCGGGAAGAUGUUGAGUUUCUGGUGGCCUCUGGCCCUUAUCCUGGCUACCCAGCGGAUCAGCAGGCCCAUCGUCAACCUCUUUGUGUCCCGGGACCUCCAUGGCAGCAGCGCAGCUACUGAGGCUGUGGCUGUCCUCACUGCCACCUAUCCUGUGGGUCACUUGCCGUACGGCUGGCUGACCGAACUGAGGGCCAUCUAUCCUGCUUUCGACAAGACCAAUCCCAGCAAUAAGCUUACUUCUGACACACCGGUUACAAAGACGCAUAUCAAAAAGUUUACAGCCUGUUGUUUGGCACUAUCACUUACGCUCUGCUUCAUGGUGUUCUGGACCCCUCACAUCUCGGAAAUGAUCCUGGUGAAUGUGAUUGGGGUGGACUUGGCCUUCGCUGACCUCUGUGUUCUUCCACUGAGGAUAAUCUCCUUCUUCCCUCUGCCAGUUAUAGUCCGGUCCCACCUGACCGGUUGGUUCAUGACCCUGAAGAUGACCUUUGUGCUGGCCCCCAGCUCUGUGCUCCGCAUCAUCGUCCUCAUCACCAGCCUGGUCGUGUUGCCUUCUAUUGGGUAG